AAUAGUUUGGGAAGCUCUCUAGAAGCAGAUCUGCAGGAUAACUUUGAAGUACCCAAACAUCCAGUUUUUAGUCCUACUUUUAUCCUUGUCAUUACGGCUCUCUGUCUGACAGCAGUUGUGUUGGUGAUGGUGCUGGUUUUGGCCUUCCGGAGAAUUCGGAAAUAUCGUCGCGGCUACAAUGCCACUCCAACGGUAGACGUGGAUAUAGAUCUGGAUAAACUUCCUUCAAACAUUUCUUACCACAAAACUGGAGCAAAACUAAAUCCAAAACUAGAGGGCCUAGAAUUCCCUCGGAAUGACAUCUUGUAUAUCCGGGAUAUUGGACAGGGUGCUUUUGGGAGGGUAUUUCAGGCCAAGGUCCCAGGAGUGGUCAAGGAUGACGAGUUCACCAUGGUAGCAGUCAAGAUGCUGAAAGAAGAGGCUAGCGAAGACCUCCAGAGUGAUUUUGAGAGGGAAGCUUGUCUCCUAGCCGAAUUUGAUCAUCCCAACAUCGUGAAGCUCCUGGGAGUAUGUGCUGUUGGUAAACCAAUGUGUUUUUUGUUUGAGUAUAUGGGGAGAGGUGACCUGAACGGGUUCCUCCGAUCUUGCUCCCCCAGUAACUACAUCGUUCGAGCGGCAAAGAACAACAUUUUCAACGAUGUUCGCUUAAACCACUGGGAUCUGGUGAACAUAGCCAGGCAGGUAGCAGCAGGUAUGAGUUAUCUUUCAGAGAGGAAAUUUGUCCACCGUGACCUUGCUACCAGAAACUGUCUGAUUAAUGACGACAUGGUUGUGAAAAUCUCAGACUUUGGUCUUUCUCAAAAAAUCUAUACUGCUAACUAUUAUAAAGGCAGCGAGCACGACGCCAUCCCUAUCCGUUGGAUGCCGUUGGAGUCCAUUCUCUACAACAAAUUUACUGUGGAGUCUGAUAUCUGGGCUUUCGGGAUCAUGGUUUGGGAAAUUUUUUCUUUCGCUCUUCAACCAUACUAUGGAAUGACUCACGAGGAAGUGGUCAAGUUCAUUCAAGAAGGCAACGUACUUUCGUGUCCUGAAAAUACUCCACUUUCUAUCUACAAUCUGAUGAAGAGAUGUUGGAACAAGAAACCAACCAACAGACCAUCCUUUAAAGUCAUAUAUAAAACACUUUGUGCUGUUCAUGAAGAAAUGGUCAAAAAUCAAUACAGUCGACCCACAGUUCAUUUCUAAUCGUACCUAACCAUACUCUUCCUGAUUAAAAAUCAUUACAGUAAGCCCUUAGCUCACGUUUAAUUGUACUUAGAUGAAUGCUUCUUCCAUAUUUCAUAUAAAUCGCUACGAGGGGUGAGCAAUCCACCUCUAAUCCUACCUAGUCCAGGUGUGUUUAUACACUGGUUAAAUACCAUAGCAAUGGGGUAACAAUCCUACCUAGUCCAGGUGUGUUUAUACACUGGUUAAAUACCAUAGGAAUGGGGUAACAAUCCACCUCUAAUCCUACCUAGUCCAGGUGUGUUUAUACACUGGUUAAAUACCAUAGCAAUGGGUAACAAUCCAUCUCUAAU